AUGACUCUAGCAUUAGAAGAGAUAAGCUACAUCUCUCUUGUUGAAGUUCUGUUGAUGUGAGACUACCAUUUGGUCACAUUUUAAUAAUCUUAAUUAACUGCUUAAUUGAAAACAUGAUCACUUGUUUUAAAAGUUUAAUCUCAAUUCUUUUGGCAUGAACAGUUCUUUACAAUUGUACUUUAGCAGAGUGAUCUCGAGUUUAAAAUAUACUUCUAAUUAAAGCUGGAGUUUCAUUAGUGUGAUAUACAUAUUCCCUCAUCUCUUUACUUUUUCUCGAACCAGGACCCGAAAAGCCCAUACCCUGAAAACCUGCAUGAAUAUAACUUCAACCCUACUUAUGACAUAUCUAAUUUCAUUAUUGCAUGACCGAUUUUUCCUUUCUUCUUGUUAUUCAAAGCAUGAAUUAAUUCAAAAGCCACUAAAAUAUUAUCACUUACAAGCCUAUAGCAACAAAAGCACUUUGUUGAGGAGAUAUCCAAUUAGGGAAUGAACUUUCAUUCCCUGCACUAUCUCUUUAGGCUUCAUCUUAAAAAUCACACUGCGAUUAGUCUAAAAUGCAAUGGUAGAGAAACAAGACACUUAUUAUUUUCUUGACUUUCUUAUCACAGAAUUGCGGAGUCUCAAGUCUCAACUCUCCAAAGAUAAUUUUAUUAAAGAUUUGGUGGACAAGGAAAACAAUGCAAUGAAAUUUGUAAUAUUUGUAGCUUCUUGUGCCAACGAAUUUGAAAAUAGCCCUGAUAAACCCCCUGAUUUUCAAGCUUGUAUAGAUGAGAUCGCAGAUAAACUCAAUCAGGAACUUCUGGCCUAUGAAGAUACGUUCCAUGAUGAUGUGUGUGGAACUUCUAAAACUUGGUUACAAAAAUUAAGAAUUGUAGCGAUAAAGGGAAUGUUGAAGGGCAAUGAAAAUCAAUAUUUGGAGGAUUGUAUUCAGUGCUUGUCAAAUACAAUAUCUUCACUUGAAGUGAGUUCUGGUGGAUCUCAUCAAAGAAAGAAAAAAAGAAAGAAAAAAUUGAGUUCAGGUGGAAAAAGUAGCUAUAGAACCGGACAUACAAAUCAGUUAGCUACAGCACAUUGUCUUCGGGCCUUCUGCUUUCAGCAAAAAGAUCCAAGUUCUAAGCAAGUUUUGGAAGAUAUCAAAAUCGCAAUUGGCUUAUGGGUGAAGAUCGUUACUCCAAAUGGUACCUCUGAAGAAGAACACUUUCAAGCUUCGAAUAAUAUGAUAAAUUUACUCCAUAGUGUUACUGAUUUGUUAUCAGUUAAGAGUUGCAUGAUGGACUAUCAGCCCAGGAGAAGUUAUUGGCUGUACUAUGGGAAUGUAGGAUGACUAGACACGCUCUCUGCAUUUCACCGGUUAAUGAGGCGUUCUUUACGAGCUUAGAAGACAGUUUUUUUGAUAAAACUGCCAAAUCUAUUGAAUUUUGGAGAGAACGUUUGAGAGAGACACCGUUAUUAAUCGGUUUUCAACACACUUUAGAUAUCACAGAGCUAGAGCGCAAAGUUCAAGAUGCUGCUUCAACCUCAAAUGUAAUGUUUUCUCUCAAGUAGCCACUGUUAGUUUUUUUUAGUUGAAGUACUUAUUAACUUACUUUAUGUUGUGUUAUUACAGAUUCCUGCUUUUUAUUUGUGUUAUGAGUUGAGUCAAAAGUUUAUUUUAAAAGGAAAUAUGGCAAAGGUAAAUUGUGUAACUUGGUUUGUUUGUCAUUCUUAGACUAAUCAGAGACGUAAAUUUCUCUAAUUUUCAUUGACCUUGUACUAUCCAGGGUUUUCUUUAUGCAAAAGAAGCUUAAAGGAUAAGCGAAAAUCUUUUUAUCGAUAAUUUCACCAGUGACUUUAAAACUGGUGGUGUAGUGCUCAAAAAAGUGGAAAGAGACCUUUGGUUCUUCAGUUCUAAUUCACCGGACUUGGACAACUAUAUUUCUAGCCCGUGGAUUGUGCUUCAGUUUUACCUUGAAGGCUUCCUUCAGUUUGGAAUCGCUCAUGAAGUCAUGGGUAAUGGAAGGGUUGCUGAAUUUUAUUUCCUUCGGGGAGAACGUAUAGCCUGUAAACAGGAGUUGCUGUUAUUCAUGAUUGCCUUCUCUUCUGCUUUGGGGUGACAUUCUGUAAUUGAGUAUGAGAAAGGAUGCAACUCGUGCAGAAGAAAUUGCUCUCUUUAAUCUAAAGUAAGUUGCUCUAUAUUAGGGAUGCACACGGGGCGGGGAAUUAGCGGGGAGUGCUCUCACCAUCUCCAUCCCUGUUAAGGAUUUUAAUCCCCAUCCCCGCUUAUUUCCCAUCGGGGAAUCCCCUAAUGGGGCGGGGACGGGGCGGGGAAUCCCCUAUUGUAAAAUAAAAUUUAUUUUAAAAAUUUAAAUGUAUAAAAUUAUUAAAUUACAUAAAAGAUAAAAUAUUACAUAUUAUUUACUAUUCAAUAUAGUAAUUAUUAUACAAGAACACAACUUCAAAAAUUGUAAAAAUAAUAUUAAUAUACUAAAAAAAUACAAACGCAUAUAUAAAAUAUAAAAUAUUAAUAAAAAAUAAUUAAUAAAUUAAACGGGUUCCCGUCGGGGCGGGGAGUGUCAUCCCCGUCCCCGCCCCGUUUAACAUUUGGGAACAAAAUUUGAUUCCCGUCCCCGCCCCGUUCCCCAUUUAGACUGGGAAUCCCUGCCCCAUCAGGGGCGGGUCCCCGCGGGAACCCAUCCCCAUGGGGAAAAUGCGCAUCCCUACUCUAUAUGCUAGUUAAUGGAAUACCCUGCAUUUCAUGCCUAAUUAAUUUUAUUUUCCUUCAUUGUCUCUACAUAAAGAGUUUUUAUAGUUUGAUUUGCAACAUUGGCUAUAGUGUUGAGAGCAAGUUAUGGGUUCGCAGGAAAGUUCACGACAGUGGUGAUAUUAUUUCUUGCGGGAACACUGGCCUAAAACUUUAUAUGAUGAUUAGUUUUUGUUUUUGUUUAUACUUUACACUAUAACCAGUUAAAGAUUAAUUAAUAUUUAUACUUUAUAUUUGAGUACAUAGUUUGUAUAUAUUUCAAUUUUGUUCAUUUUCAAUUUAUGUUUAUACUUUACCUUAACUAAUUAGUGACAAUGUGUAAAUUAAUAAAUGCAAGAGAAAAAAGUAGAAAUUUUUUA